AUGGACGACACGUCUGGAAACGGCAUCUAUCAGUUCAGCCUUGCCCACCAGCUAUUCUUCACGGAUGCGGACGGCCAGGAGACCGACCCAGACUCGGCAAUUGCCGCAGCGCUAGAAGGGGACUGGAAGCGGCCGGAGCCCGACGCGGCGGCGCUUCUAGGCGAUAAGUCGGCCGGGGCGUACGACCGAUUCCUCGCGCUGUCCGCACUGGCUCGCUGGACCUCGCCAACCGGUUUACGAGGCUGUCUGCACGGUGGCGGAAGAUCCCGAUGCGCAACCCUGGCGGGUUAUGUCGAUCGAUCGGCUGCACAGCCUGGACAACACCUUCGCGCUGCUCACCGAGUCCGUCGCGAGCAGCCGGAGCGAAGCCCAGGAGCGUGGCACCUUCGCAGAGCGGCUGACAGCGCUCGCGGCGCCGAUCAGCAUCGCCGACCGGAUUUACUUCGAGCAUAA